GUACCGAAACCGACAAACCGCAUAACAAGAGCAUGGCGAGCUUCAACCCUCACGAGUGGACACCCGGCUACGACGAAAACGGUGUCAACUGCUGGUUCAACAAGACAACUAGAUUAAGGGUGUACGGGUGCUUUCCACCGCAGAUGCAGGUGGGGCUGUCGCCCAUUGUGGGUGGCCCCGGCGUUAGCGUUCCUGCCAGCACCCAGUUCAAUCCAGCUUCGGCCCUAGACCAGGAAAAGCAGUGGAAACAGGCCCUGGCCGGAGCGUGGAGGGAGUUCCAAACGGAAGGAGACGAGAGGAAGCCCUACUGGUACAACGAAAUAUCCGGAGCCAGAACGUGGGACAAGCCCGACACGAGCGACGCGCGGAAGCCCCCACCGCCGCCACCCCCGGCGUCUUCCUCCCAGCCGCAGGAGCCUUCUCCCCAUAAUGACAACGGAGGCAAGGCCGGCGGCGCCGGCGAGAAAACGAAGAAGGAAUCUGAGCAGUGGCAACAGCUUCGCACUACGAAGGGCCGCAGAUACUGGUACAAUGAAGUAACCGGGGUGUCGCAGUACGCCACUCCGAAGUGCCUCAGGAAAUACUGCUGAAAGAACGGUACGACCACGACCACCACUGAUGAGCGGGCGUGGGGACGUAAAUAGCUUCCGUUGGCGGCAAAGAAAGGCGCGAACUGAUGAUGGUUCCGGGUGUGUAGCAGAGUACGAGUGUAUGUGCUGGCAGCCGUAUGUACGUACGAGGAUAGUUGGGGGGGAAAAGGAGCGUUGAACCCGUACAGGGGCAACCGCUCUGCGGGAAGGGCCUGCGUACAGCUAGGCAAAGCCUGUGGCUCAUCUGUGUUUGGGCGCUUGAGUUGUAGAGUCCCCUUGACGUAUUUUCGACUCAAGAACCUCCCACCCAAUGAACGUAAACCCAACGAGUAGAUAAUUCCUUGCAUACCGUGAGCCGUGUUGUGCAUUUCCUUCCGUGUUGAGGUGUAGUUGUAUUGCUGCACACGAUCACACUCUUAGAAGUAGGGAGACCCGCCUAGGAAGCGUGCCGCCAUAGUGUGUAUGUAUGCAGAAAACUGUUGGAUUUUGCGCACUGUAGAAUUCGUUUUCUCGAGAGUUUUUCCCUAUCUGGUAUCCUUCACUCUUCGGUCUUCUUGUGUUGUUAGUCGCCAUGGCAUGGUCCCCUACUCCUUUUGUUUUUGGGUCUGUAUUUUGGUUUGAAUUUUUGCGCAAGAAGUUCGGACAAAAGUAGAAAGUGUACGUAAAAACGCGAUGUUCUGGCCCAUGGCCUUGAGCGAGUGCCCGCUGUUUUUUAGGGGCGUCGGCGACAUCGACCCUCGUCGUUGUUUUUGAGAAUGAGUUGAAUGUCGUAGAGCAGUCUAAAAGGCGUUUUCGUAGGGAUGUGUCGUAGCCAUUAGUAGUAGUCAAGUUCAGCAUUUUAGUCUUCUUUGGUCGGCCGAGUUUCACAGAAGAACUAGUCACAUGCGCGGUGUCGAUUGUUUGGGCCCCUCGAUGGCGGUGUUGUCGGAUGCCUCAAGUUCUUUGUACCUCUCUGUGUAGUUUGUCUUCGUUGCCAAGACGGCUAUGUCCGGCAUAUAUAUGUGUGCUGUAGGCACACAGAAAUCACUCGUGUAGUUUUCCCAGGCGUAACGCUAACUGAAUAAUUCUUAUGCGUAUGCAUUUCUAGAACCAAAGUGCAAACCAUAUCUCGACUCUUCACGUUCGACAAGGGAACGGGACGACGGUCGAACCUCUCCUGAGGAAAAAAUUGGGUCGAUUACCGGAGGAGGAAGGAGAUGGUGGAGGCAAGGAACCCUACGUGGGGCCUUUCUCCGCUCGGUGUGUCGCCUGCCGGUGUGCCCAAUACUGAAAUAUGUGAAGUGCGAGGAGGUCUAAAUGAUGAUUGAUAAUUAUC